AUGAGGACGUGGCUCUGCGUUGGGGGGCGCAGGGUGGAGGUGGUGCUGCCCUUCCUGGGCAGGUACCACCCGGACUCGGGGCGCUGCUGCCAGACCUGCACCCCCAUGAGCUGGGAUGGAUUCUACUCGGAGCAGUUCCGUUCCCUCGGCUUCCGUGACAUCAGCCGGGUGACGGAGAAGGACACGCGGUUCCGGGGCUGGCUGGCACGCAGGCUCUGUGGGCUCCUCGCUGUCUGCUCCUGGAGGAUCCCCACUGACCCCCCUGGAGACCUCCCAGCACGGAUCUACCACAGCAGGAGGGUGCAGGAUGCUGCUGCUGCCCGUGGUCCAGCAGGGGAUGAUGGAUGGAAGGAGAAGAUCCUGGAGCUGCUGGGUGACAUCCAGGCCCCGCUCUCCGUGCUCAUGCUGAGGAUCUGCCACUGGGUUCUACUGAAGCUCCUGAGCCGCCUGUUCCUGAGCCUGCAGCUGCACCGGGGCCAGCUGGAGAUGGUGCUGAGGGCAGCCAGCACGGUGGGCACGGGGUGAAGCCACCCUCCCCCAUGCCGAUGGCACCCCAUGGCGCUCAGCCCCACGCCUCCCUUACAGCCCCGUGUGCCGCUGGUUUUCCUUUCCACGCACAAAUCCCAGCUGGAUGGGCCGCUCCUCUCCUUCAUCCUCUUCUCCCAAGGGCUCGGGGUGCCCAGGGUGACGGUGGGUGCCCAGGCCUGCAGCCCUCGCCUCCGAUCCCUGCUCCGCCGCCUCGGAGGGGUUUUCCUGCCUGCAGGAAUGGAGCAGACCCGGAACGACCCCAAGGAUGCGCUCCCAGGGGCUGUGCUGGCUGCGGUGGGGCUGGCUGUGUUCAGGGCUGCCCCAAGCCAUGGGUGCCAAUGGGUGCCCCCCAUCCUCACCCCGCUCCCCCUGCAGUACAUGGAGGAGGUGCUGAGGAGCCGGCAGCCCCUCCUCAUCUUCCUGGAGGAGCCCACGGUGCCGCUGCACCUCUCGGCCUCGGCCCGGUGCUGGCUGGCUCUGGUGCAGGGCGCCGUGCGCGCCGGUGCCGUCCCCGACGUCCUCCUCGUCCCGGUGGGCAUCGGCUAUGACGUGGUCCCCGAUGGAUCCCAGCCGGAGGCAGCGGUGAGGGGCGCUCAGCCCCUCAGCAUCACCUCCAUCCUCUGGGCAGCAUUGAGGGCCCUGCGCCGGAGGCUUGGCUGUGUCCGGGUGGAUUUUGCCCAGCCCUUCUCCUUACAGGAGUUCAUGGCCAGAAGCUGCAGCAGGCAGGCAGGGGAGCUGGAGGAGCUGCUGCCCAGCAUCCUUGGCACAUGGCCCAGCCAGCUGGAUGCUGGGAAUGCUGGGAAUACUGGGAUCUGGGCUCCUGGCUCCACAAAGACCCCCAGCUUGGAGGCACCAGAGGAGAUGAUGGUGACCAACCUGGCCCUGCACUCACUGAGCGACAGCGUGUCCUGCUCUGCCAUCAUGUCCGUGGGCAUCACCUCUGCGCUGCUGCUGCACAAGCACAGGGAGGGCAUCUUCCUCUCCCGGCUCAUGCAGGACUUUGCCUGGCUGCUGGAGGAGAUCCUGCUGCGCCAGCGGGACGUGGGCUUCUCGGGGCAGCUCCGGGCCCUGGUGCAGCACAGCCUCACCCUGCUCAGGGCCCGCCUCCGCCUCUACCACCUCUGCCCCCCCGGUGACAUCCUGGUGGUCCCCGAGGCCUCGGCACAGACCUGGAGGGAGCUGGGCCACCAGAGCGCUGCCAUCCUGGGUGUCUUUGCCAGCGAGGCGGUGGGAGCCUGUGCCAUCCGAGCCCUGCUGGUGGAGCUGGUGCCCUUCCUGGACCCCACCAUCCGCACCUCCAGCAUCAUCCUCAGCCAGGCCGAGCUGCACCGCAAGACCCUGGAGCUGCUCCAGCUGCUGCCCCCCAACCUGCUGGGGCUCCGGCCCUGCCAGCCCCUGGCCUGCUGGAGCCAGGACAUCGUGGACAAGCUCAUCCUAUGCGGGCUGCUGGAGCCAGAGGAGCCCGAGGGUGAGCACUGGGUCUGCGACACAGCCCGCAGCCGGCGCCAGGGACAGCACAGCAUGGACUUCAGUGACAGUGACAGCGAGGAUGAGGGCCCCCCCAGCCGCUGCUUCAAGGUCUCUAGCUUGGGGGGGUCCCCCUCAUCACCCCCUUAUGAGGGUGCUCGCACUGAGCUGCUUCCCCCCCCCAUCCAGCUUGGGGAGCCCCAAGGCUCUCCCGGCCUCUUCCUCUUCCUCUGCCGGCUCCUCAGCCCCGUGCUGGGCACCUACACCAGGGCCGUGGCUUUCCUGGGGCAAACCCACUGGCCCCAGCAUGAGGCAGCCUAUGUGGAGGAGCUGCUCCAGUUCCUGGCCAAGGAAGGCACUGAGCUCCCCAACAGAAGCCUGGCCCUGAGCUCUCUGCAGACCUUUAAGGAGAUGGGGGUGCUGGAGGAGGUGGGGGACCCCCCCAACCCCCUGCUCCACCUCGCCCAGCCCUUCCACUCCAGUGCCAACCGGGAGAGGCUGGAAGCCUUCAUCCAGCAGUUCCUCCAGCCCUAGGAGCA